AAAUGUUUCCCUUCCGAAUAACUCGCAGAUCACAGCGAGCUUUGAUUUUUUUGGUCAUCUUUGCUUGUACUUUUCUGUUAUUCACCCUUGCACCCAAUGAAUCAGUCAUUAGUACUGGUCCACUUGCUACAGCUGCAUACUUUCCUAAGCUAGCAUAUCAAGUACACUGGUCUGCACCAACACAAGGAUCCAGUCCAUGGGAUCUAGACUCUAAUGACCUAUACCCAGAACCACCACCAAAACUCCCUGCUCACACUUUUCGUCCAGACGGUCUACUCCAAGUCAGUCCAGGUGGUAGACACCCCAUCCUCGAUCUCAUCGAUCACGCAGAAAGCGGAUGGGACGCGAAACUCGCACGCGCAAGCAAAACAUUACCCGAAGCCGUUCGUGAGUACCACCGCAGAUACUCAAGAGCACCUCCACCGGGCUUCGAUAAAUGGUGGGCUUACGUCCAGAAGCACAAUGUUCAGCUCCCAGACGAAUAUGACCAAAUCAAUACUGAUCUUGCUCCUUUCUGGGGUAUAGACCCUACACGUCUCAAAGCCAUCCAGCUUGCUCACGAAAGCCACGUACAUAGUUACACCCUCGCUAAAUCCACACCUUCAGGGCCUCUUCACAUCGGAAAUGAGUCAUUGCCUGCAGACGAAGACGCUCGCCAGCGAUUAUUGGUAGGCGCAAACCAACUGAUAGAGCUGUUGAAAGGCGUCCAAGACGAGUUACCGCUCUUUAGAGCUGUGUUUAGUCCUCAUGAUAACCCAAAUGUGUUCGUCACCCAUGAGACGAGGCAAAAGGUUGUCGAAGCUGGGAAAAAAGGCAAACCAAUCGACCCCCAGUCCCAGGACCCACCCCCCUUCGCCCGCGGCUGGAUACACGCUUGCCCCCUAAAUAGCGUUGCACGUAACCCACCCCCGUCUCCACCACCACACACCGUCAAACCUAAAACAUUCAUCUACGACCACCUCCUCGCCAUGGACCCCUGUGCACACCCUUCUCACCUCACCCAACACGGCGAGUUCCUAAGCCACGGACCCGGACCAGUCGCACAUCCCUUCCUAAUUCCACAGUUCAGCUAUUGCAGCAGUCCAUUGCAUGCUGAUAUCAGACUGCCAAUUAUGUUGAGUUGGGUGGAGGAUGUUGAGGGUGGUGAGGAAGCGUGGAUGGACAAGGAGGAGGAGAGGUUACUUUGGAGGGGGCUGAAUACGGGGAUUCAUCAUGGGAAGGAGAAGCCUUGGAAGGAUGCUCAGAGGGGGCGGUUGAUGGAUCUUGUUUCUUCUCCUUCUCCUUCCUCGAAUUCUCACCCUCAGAAGCGUACCACCUCGCAUCAUAAAACUAUAGACGUCCUCCUCACUGACCCUCAUUCCCCUGACGAGUUCGAAACACAGACUUUGAAAAAAUCCAUCGUGAACCCUGCGAUAAUGGAUAUAGCGUUCGCUGGGAAACCGGGCCAGUGUGAGGAGGUGGUGUGUAAGGAGGUGGAGGAGAGGUGGGAGUGGAGAAGGAGGAUGGGUGUUAAAGAGGCUGGGAGGUAUAAAUACGUGCUUGAUGUGGAUGGGAACGGCUGGUCGAGUCGGUUUAAGAGACUCAUGACGAGUAAUUCGGUUGUUUUCAAGUCUACUGUGUAUCCUGAGUGGUUCACCCACCGCCUUGCUCCCUGGGUCCACUACAUCCCCAUCCAAAUCGACUACUCCGACCUCUACAACGCGCUCCUCUUCUUCCGCGGAGACCCGAGCGGGCACGGUGCCCAUGAAGACCUUGCGAUGAAGAUUGCGAAGAGGGCGAGGGAGUGGAGUUUACAGUUUUGGAGAAAGGAGGAUAUGGUUGCUUAUUUGUAUAGGUUAUUCCUCGAAUAUGCCAGAGUCAUGGACGAAAAUCGGGACUCGCUUAAUUUCGAGUUGGAGUUGUAGGAUUUGGACCUAAGACACGACAUACCACGACACGCUUAUACCCCACACAUACCACACGUGUUUUUCAUACCUCGUCACGUAUGUAUUUACCGUACCGCACACAUGCUCCAAGUCGGAUGGGCCCGGUUUACUCUACUCUAGCACUCGGGCUGCACGUUUAUUGGUCGUACACGUAUUUUAUACUCAUUUAGUGGGAUAGCUCAUUUAUUGGGUACUAAUUGUAUAUCUGAUGAUCGAGAACGAAGUGGUUGGUUGUGAGUUGAGUUUGAUGCUUUCCUGAUGACGAUGAUGAUUCUGGU